ACAUUUACGAAUUUAACCCUUCGAUAGGAACAAUGAUGAUUUUGGUUGAAUCAUUGCUGCUUACUAUUGCGAUUUUUUUGCUUGAUUCUGUUGAACUAAAACCCAGUUAUACUGGAGGUUAUCCUGGAGGUUAUCCUGGAAGUUAUCCUGGAGGUUAUCCUAUCGGAGGAAAUGUUCGGUGGUAUAACCCUGAGACUGACAGACCAGCGAACGGACCUGCGCUCACACCCUUUGGUUGUCCAACAGGUUACGUCUUUGCAGAUGGCCAUCUACAGAUUGAAGAAACAAGUUCUGAAGGAAAAAUAAUGCGGUAUUAUGAUUCGAGAAAUGGUAGACCAGCGUACGGACCUGUUCUUACACCCGAGGGUGAGAAGACCGGCUACUAUUUAGAAAACGGCUAUGUAAAAUAUGCAAGCCCAGUACGAACCAUAUCAGCAAGUCCAGCAAGAAGCUCACCGCAAGCCUCAUCUAGCACCUCAUCACAAACCUCAUCACGCAGUUCAUCACCACAAGGCGAACAGAGUAUGAGCGUACGAAGAUACAAAUGUCACAAAAAGCAUGGUCUUAACUCAUGCUGUACACUGUAAUAGCAUUCAACUAUCAAAUGCCUCAAAUUUGGCUCAGCCCUUCACCUAAAACCUAAUUAGAUCCUGGAGGACCGUCAAAACCACCUCAAAGCAGAAACUCCCUGCAAGCAGGCCAAGCAACUAGUUCAUCAGGCCCAUCACCCUAUUAUCUAAAUGUAUUGAAAAUAUAAUGACAAUUCAAGAGAGUACCAAAUUUUUCUAAAUAAAAUCUGAAAGUACAUUCAUCCUGUGGAACAUGCUAUUCCUAGGUAAGCUAGGAAGUCCCUCACGCAACCUAUAAAUAUGAUUGACCAACAAAAUAAACAUACGAUAUAUAUGUAAUAUUCCUGAAUAAACACUGAACACCAACUG